AUGUUUAUUCAUCUGCCAUUUGUUACUUUCGUCAGUAUUUUGUUAUGGACUGAAACAGUGGGAAGUAUAUCGUAUUAUGUAACGAAAUCCGGCAAAGAUAGUAAUGCUGGAACCAGUGCAGCGACCGCUUGGCUCACGAUACAAAAGGCAGCCAAUUCAGCAACAGCUGGUUCAACCGUUUACGUUGGUCCCGGAAUUUACUAUGAAACAGUAACAAUUAAUGUACAAGGCAAUAGUAAAGAUGGUUAUAUUACAUUCACUGGCUCUGUAUUGAACAAUCUACCAGUUAUUUCAGGCAAACAAGCCAAGACCGUAUCGGCUGAUGGUACAUUAAAUCUAAUCUAUAUUCAACAGAAAAGCUAUGUACGUAUAAUGAAUUUUGAAUUAAUGAAUUUGACAUCAUCCGACUGCGCUGGAGCGAGAGUUGUUGGUGGAGGGACAAAUAUUGAACUUCGUAAUUUACUUAUCCAUGAUAUUCGUGGUGGGGGAGAGUCAGGUGGAGCUAUAGCUAUAUCUGCCUACAAUAAAGACAAGACAACAAGCCUUAGUCAAUUAAUCGUUGAUAAUUGCACAUUACAUGAUUGUGAACCAGCCUGGAGUGAAGCUUUAACAUUCAGUGGCAACAUUAAAAACCUUCAAGUCACUAAUAAUCGCAUAUACAAUAUGAAUAAUAUUGGAAUUGACUUUGCCGGUGGAUGGAGUUGGGUGAAUGGACUAAGCGUUACGUCAGGUCUAUGUGCUAACAAUACUGUUUGGAAUAUUCAUUCACCUGUUGAUUCUAGCGCAGCAGCUAUCUAUGUCGAUGGAGCAUCAAAUAUUACUAUAGAAUUCAAUGAAGUGUAUAAUUCCGAUGUGGGAAUAGAAGUUGGAGCGGAAGUCAAGGGUCAUAUAGCUUCAAACAUGACAGUACGACAAAAUUAUAUUCAUAAUAAUACUUAUCAGGGAAUUGGCUUUGGAGGGUAUGAUGCUCAACGUGGUACUGUCAUUAAUAGUUUAUUUGAAAAUAAUCGUUUGGAAAAAAACAGUGCUGCACUUCAGUAUGAUGGAGAAAUUGUUGUUGCAUAUGGUUCUGGUAAUACGGUUCGCGGUAAUACUGUAAAACCAAAUAAACAAAAUGUAGUUCUUAGCGUAGAUCAGAAAGGAGGUUUGAAUAAUAUAUUCGACUACGACAUAUAUUACCCAUAUGGAACAGGUGCAACACAAAGCCAACUUAUUUUUAAUUGGGGAAAUACAGAGUGUGAUGGAUUAAGUGCAUUUCAGAAGAAGAGCAAACAAGAAACGCAUGCACAAGUCGUCAACUCCGGUUAA